UAACUCUGCCGAAUAAUUAGUUGCAUUCAAGUUGUAUAAUUGUACAAUUUUAUUGAGCGUAAGACUUUUUUUUAAAAUCGUCCUAUAAACACUGUAUUCUGCUACUCGGUUGAAUUGUAAACAAUAGUAUUGUUGUAUUAGUAUUGGUAUUACAUUAUCAUUACAAUGCUUUCUGCAAAGUUGUUCAGACGCUUUAUUAACAAGCCACGAUUUUAGCUCGAAGUUAUUCAAACAAGAAUGGCCAACUCACUUUAUGCACCCAAGAGAAUGGGAUUCGUAGAAUUGUAUUAAACAACCCAGCAAAACGAAACGCCAUGUCCUUGAAACUGAUGGAAAGUUUGAGGGAAAAUAUCUUACGUGAUGUGAAGGAGUUGGAUCUGAGGGUGAUCGUGUUGUCGGCCAACGGACCCGCGUUUUGUGCUGGACACGACUUGAAAGAGUUGGUUUCUAUAAAGAAGCGAUCCGAGCACGCCAACAUCUUCCAUAUAUGUAGUGAUAUAAUGGAGCUGAUUCAAGAUAUCCCAGUGCCUGUGAUAGCUGAGGUCGGGGCCAUUGCUACAGCUGCUGGUUGCCAACUGGUAGCAACAUGUGAUAUGGCAGUGGCUUCAGAGAAAGCAACGUUCUGUACACCAGGAGUAAACAUUGGGUUGUUUUGUUCGACACCAGCUGUAGCUUUAGCACGAGCUGUUCCAAGAAAGUUAGCUUUGGAUAUGCUGCUAACUGGCGAAAUCAUCAGCGCACAACAAGCUUUAUCCAACGGCCUCGUAAGCCGAGUGGUUCCGCAUGAACAACUACAAGCGGAAGUAACGAGGAUAGCCGAGGGGAUUUGCGAGAAAAGUCGGUCGGUCAUUGCUUUGGGAAAGUCCACGUUUUAUCGACAAAUUGUUAAAGACAGAAACUCAGCUUACCAAGACGCAUCAAACAUAAUGGUCGAAAACAUGUGUUUGCAUGAUGGACCUGAAGGUAUCAAAGCUUUCCUGGAGAGAAGGAACCCAACAUGGGAUCACAACCUGGAUUAAGUGUUUUAUAUUUUAUUUACUGUCAACAACAUAUAUCAAUGCUAUGUUAACCAUGCAUGGCUGGGUAGCAAAUGUAUUUUUGACUUUUUUUAAAAUCUGGAGUGACAUUGUUAAAAUACAGUUACACUCAUAGUUGUCAAAUAUAGGAAACCUCAUUGAUUAAUGUGGUGAAUGCAAUAUACUUUGGCUCUGCUUGUUUGUAUAGACACUGAACAAAAAAGGGUAAAAUCUGUCUUACCUUAAAAACGGACCGUCUGUUUCAAAAUUUUUGGUGUUACUGUCUACCCCAUGCAACCCUAAAGUUAGGUCUAUGCAGAUAAAGUAAGUUUUAUGAUAAUUUUUAAAAGAAUCGAUCAUGUUAUUUAACUGUUUUCUACAAGAGCCAAAAGUUAGCAAACCGCUUGCCUGUUUUGUGGAAACACAGAUUACUAAAGUUAUGGUUCCCAGCCACAAGAUCUAAUUAUUUGCAAGCAGUUUUGUGUAUAUGUAUAAAUUUUACCUAUUUCAUUAAUUACUGUUGAGCUGUUUAAUAUGAAAUGGUAUAAAAUGUCUGCUGUAUUUGUUGAUCCCAUAUUUUGCUGCAUAAAUAACGUAUAGUAUUCUAUGAUGGGUUUUAUUGGGUGUUUUGAACAGGAAUGGCUUUUUCAGUUUUAAUUAUCGGUGAUCAUUGAAAUUAUAAGAAGAAUUUUAAUUCAGACAACUUACGUCUUCCAAGUCAGAUUUAUUUAAACUGUGGCGCAAAGUUAAUAAAUUUUAUUAGCAAUCAAUUAGUGUGCUGUAUAAUUUUUACAAAUUAACAAUAAUUUAUUUUAAGUUUUAACACGUGUAGAUUUGUAAAAUGUGACUUUCCUUAACUUUGGUUUGUCGCAAAUAGAUCUAGUGUGUUGUGAUUCAAACCCGUUUGAAAACAUUUAAUAUAAUUUAUGCAUGACUGAUGUGCUAUACAAGUGUAGAUGUUUUGUCUUAUCAUAUAAAACUAAAACAUCACUUUUUUACGCAAACGAACUCUAGAAUUUUUUUAAUUUUCGUAAAUUAUUUUGCUUUUUUGCUUUUGCUUCAAUAUUUUCGAUCAUGAAAUAUGCACCAUGAUAUAUAAA